UUUUGGACUAGGAAAUGAAAGAGGCGUUUGGAUUGCAAAGGAAAGAAAGAAAAUAAGAGAAAUGGAGUUAGAGAAAGUGAAGAGAUACCUGGAGAAAGGAGAUUAUGAUGAUCAGAACAAGAACAAGAACAAAUCCGCCAUUGAAGGAAUGCCUCUCAGGUUCUUCGAACGCUUUAUAAUGCAAGGCAUUCACGUUGACCUCGUUGAACGCGGCCGUCUUCUUUGCUCCAUGAAAGUCCCUCCUCGUCUUCUGAACUCUGGGAAUUUCUUGCACGGCGGAGCUACAGCUACGCUGGUGGACUUGGUGGGUUCAGCUGUCAUAUUCACAGUCGGAGCUCCUUUCACCGGAGUUUCUGUUGAGAUCAACGUUUCCUAUUUGGAUGCUGCUUAUCUUGACUGUUAUGUUUCAGGUGUAUAGUAUCAGAUGUAACGGACUUCUAUCCUUGUUCCAGAAGUCCGCGAAUACAGAAAGAAGGAAUAAAUCAGUAGUGCUGCAGUAGUCGAGUCCUAGAGUGUAAUUAUGUUUUGUCAAACGGUUUUAUAUAUGUUGUUUAUACUCUGACAUGUAUAAAGGUUUUAAACUGCGCUUUUAAA